CAAGAAUCGCACCAUGCUGCAGAUCAUCCUGGCUCUCGGAGCGCUGCUCGCCCCGCACCCGGUGCUACGGAGCCGCCGAAUCGCAGUCGGGAUGAACGAGGCAUCGCAAGCACCGCCGUCGCCUGUCGUCGUCUCAGUCGUCCUGCCCGAAGGCAAGGCUGCAGGUGACCUUCUGCUCAUUCAGCCCCCACGCGGAGCCCAGUGCCAGGUAGUUGUGCCGGAAGGCGUCGCGCCGGGCCAGAGCUUCUCCGUGCAGCUCCCUCCCACGGUGAGCGCCGUCUCUUCGCCGCCGCCGCCGCCGCCGCCACCGCCACCGCCGCUGCCGCCACCGCCGCUGUCGCCGCCGCCAGCACUGGCCGAGCCUAGCCUGCUCGGUAACUUCGUCACACCCGAGACCAACCCGUACGUGACGAGCAAGGCGCGGCGUGUGCGCGCAAAGUUUGGGGACGACGCGGCGGGUUUUGUUGACCUGAGUGACUCGGGCGAGCGGGCCAAGCUGUCCCGCCUCGAGAGCGACCUCGCGCAAUUCAAAGCUGAGCGUGGGCUGGCCGACAGGAGGCUGGCUGGCGGCGCCGCGGCUGAGCUGCAGGAGGAGGAGGAGGCGACGCCGCUCGCGCGCGUCAUCAACACCCUCGGCACUGUGCUCACCUUCAACUUUUUCGUCAUCAUCCUGUUCUUUGCCUGGUUCCUCACCGGCGUCGGCCUCCAGUUUGGCGCGCACGACGAGGCGGUGAUGAACACGUUUCGCACCGCGUGGGACCCGCUCAUCCUGCCUCUCCUCUCGACGCACAUGGCCCUCACCUUCCUCUCGGCGGGGCUCGAGAGGCUAGCCAAGCCGGCGGAGGAAGGGUA